AUGGGAUCAUCUUCUUUGGAUUUAUUCAAUGGGGCCUCCUUAGCUGCCACUGAGAAUGUCAUUGUGGUCUCCAUCAACUAUCGCUUGGGAGCCCUAGGCUUUCUUUACUUGCCACCAGCUGCUCCAGGGAACCUAGGCUUAUGGGACCAACAGCUGGCCCUGAAGUGGAUAAAAGAGAAUGCAGCUGCCUUUGGGGGAGACCCUUCUCGGGUGACCAUUUCUGGCCAGAGUGCUGGAGGAUCUUCUGUGAAUUUCCAUCUUCUUGCAUCAAAAAGCCAGGACUUUUUUGCCCAAGCGGUGAUCCAGAGUGGAACAGCCAAUGCUUUCUUGGCUUGGAAGUCUCCUGAGGAAGCCAAACGGUUAUCGCUGGAAUUUGCUCAUUUGCUAGGUUGUUCUGAGGACAGUAAUACCAGCAUAUUGCAUUGCCUGGAAACCAAAAAUGUUUCUGAAUUUAUUCAACAUGAAAUAUCUAUGUUCUUCAAAGGUGGCUUCCUUCUGAAUUUUCCCUUCAGGCCAACCGUAGAUGGGGAUUUUUUGCUUGGUGAUCCAGAAAAGCUCAUGGAGGAGGGGCAAAUUCAGGUCAAACCUGUCCUCAUAGGAAAAACCUCUGAUGAAGGAGCCACAUUUGUCCCUUAUCUUUUCUCUAACACCACCCACAAUCUCAUCAAUCAGGAGCAGCUUCUGAAAGGGAUAGAACUGUUUGUGCCAAAUGCAACUGAAGACUUUGUUCAGAUGGUUGCCCUGAGGUACAGUGAAGGAAAUCAGGGCCCAGCCAAAUACCGCUCUGCUCUGUCCCACUUCUAUACAGAUUGGAUCUUUGCAUGCCCAUUGAUUGAAGCUGCAAGAAAUAUCAGGAAAACGGGGAGUCCUGUAUAUGCCUAUUUAUUCGCACAUCGCCCUUCAUGGUCAGUCUGGCCUGAAUGGAUUGGGGCAUCCCACGGUGCUGAGAUUCCUUACGUUUUUGGGACCCUUGAAUCCGUGCUUCCUGUCAAUCAAACGUACACAGAGGCUGAAGCCAGACUGAGCCGUAAAAUGAUGCAAUACUGGGCAGAGUUUGCCAGAACUGGGAAUCCUGCUGAGGAUGAGUGGCCGCUCUAUAAUACCACAGAGCAGAAUUUCUUCCUUCUUAAUACUGAGCCAUUCCAGCAAAGGGCGAACGAGCACUGUGACAUUUAA